AUGGCGUUGGCUACUAAAGGUAUAUUCGUGAUCGGCGCCAAAAGGACGCCAUUUUGUAAAUUUGGCGGAUCACUGCGAGAGUUGCCAGCUUCUUAUGUAUUUGCGUCGGCGGGCAGAGACGCCUUAAAAGAAUCCGGAUUACACCCGAGUUUAGUCGACUGUACUAUCAUAGGAAAUGUUAACUUUCUCAGUCAAUGCGAUGGUGGCAAAACUCCAAGGUAUUCCGGUAUUUAUUCGGGGGUACCGAUUGAUAAACCUGCUUUGGGUGUAAAUAGGACUUGUGGAUCUGGAUUACAGUCUAUUAUCAGUGGAGCUAUAGAAAUUUUAACUGGUCAAGCGAAUGUUGUCCUUUCCGGUGGGACUGAAGUAAUGUCGUCACUUCCGUUUUUGGUUCGCAACAUGAGAUUCGGUUCGACUUUAGAGAAAAUGUAUGAAUUCGAGGACUAUAUCAAGACGCAAAUUGUGGACACUCACAUCGGGGUCUCUCUGCACCAAAUUGCCGAGAAUAUAGCGAAGACAUAUAAUAUAAAUAGAGAAAUGGUAGAUAGGUUCGCAUUAAACAGUCGUUUGAAAUGGAAAGCCGCUCGAGAGGCAAAUUUAUUUAAGGACGAAUUAACACCAGUGACUGACAGCGCCAAGAAUGUUAUUAUAACAGAAGAUGAUUGUGUUGAUGAGAACAGAGAUAUUGAGGAAUAUGUUAAAGCACCAGCGUCUGUCGAUGAUGGAAAAAUUGUGACUUUAUUGAACUCAUCUAUGCCCGCAGAUGGCGCAGCAGCUGUUCUGUUAGCAAGUGAGAGAAGUAUUAUUGAAAAUAACAUACGACCUCUAGCUCGACUCAUAGGACUUGCCUCCGUGGGUGUGAACCCUGAAGAAACUGGUUUGGGAGCUGUUCACGCGAUCAGGAGACUGCUUGAAGUCAUGAAACUUCAAGCUCACGAUGUAGACUUAUUUGAGAUCAACGAAACAUUCGCUUCCCAAACUCUGGCGACUAUGCAGAUCUUGAAUCUGCCUGAUGAUAAGGUGAAUGUGAGUGGCGGCGCCCUGGCCUUGGGACACCCUGUGGCCGCCAGCGGAGCCCGGCUAGCUGUACACCUCGUUCAUAGAAUACGCGAUGGGAGCGCGCGUCGAGUUCUAGCGGCCUCAAGCUGCGGCGGGGGACAAGGCGUCGCCGCCAUGUUUGAAUCUGUUUGA